GUCUUUCUUUGAUCUUUUCUGACAUUUUUUUUUUUUUUUGCAUCAAGCGCCCUCGGACCCCCUCGUCCGCGGAGGAAUUCCUUUUGUGGAAGCGGCCGGCGGAGGCGCCGGAUGACGAGGGCUGGCGGGCGUGGCCAGAGCGCCGCCGAUGCCUGAGAGCCCCGAGGCUAGGAGUAAUACUUAUCUGGGAAUUUCUCCACUGGUAUGCUAGUCCAGGCAGGGCCGAGAGGAGGGGAGGGCGCUUUUGCGGUCGGCGCUAUUUGAGGCCAAAAGGCAGAAUAAAUCCGCGGCGGGAAAUGCAAUCGUUUCCUCAAGGUUGUUGGCGCCUCAAUUUGUUCUUGUUUUGCAUUUGAAAGAAAUGAUGCUUACCCUUGACAACAACAAAAGUCUGCCUUUUCAAAAUGAAUACGCAGCCGAAUAAAAUUGAAGUUCAAAUGUAAUGAAAGCAUUGAAAUGCCGCCGGGGUUAUUUCUCAACACGGCAAGCCACGACGUCAGCCGGACGGUGUUCCUCGAACGAGUCCUUUCCGGUCUUGCCCCCUCGCCUAAUAAGUUCUGCAUGAGAACCCGAAUCCUCCUAUUACAUAAUUGCCCCUGCCUUUGUUUAUCAUUUUUCACGCUUAGUUUGAAACGAGGAAGAAGGAAAAAUGGGAGCCAGCUCACUGGCUGACUUUUGACACCUGUACUCAUUGCUUUUGGGAAAAAAAAAUCCUUUUGUUGUUGUCGGCGUCGGCGGCGGCGUCCACCUGUGGCAGAAGAUAUUCCCUUCACGCACACGCGCGGCGAGAUAAGCCGAGCGCAGAUACUCGGCGCUCUUGGCCAUCUACGGCCGUGCAAAGCAACCAAAUUUGGACAAGGAUUGCAGCCAGAUAGACGUGUGCCCCGAACGUGAGGCCACAUGCGCGCGUGUGUGUGUGUGUGUGUGUGUGUCUAUCUGAUGUCAAUGACUUUGUUGUCAUAGCAACCUCGGCUGCAAGAGAGAGAGAGAGAGACAGUCCAGGCGCUGUGUUGAAAGAUGGUGGGUGAGUGGGGAUUUUUAUGAGUGCGCUGUGGUAAUUGCAAGGCCAGUCUAGCUAGCAAGGAAGCUCACGUGUUUAUUCUCAAAGUAUUCUCAAAUAUCAGCCAGCACGUGCAUUUGCCUCAGCCUUCCCAAGCUCGCCAGGGUUUUCUCUGGCCACUCCAUUCGUUCCUUCAACAUUAUUUAUCAGAGGCCACAACUCUAAAUGCUUGCAUCGACGACAACCCGGACAUGGUGACGUUCCUGGUGACACAAGGGGCCAGCAUCAACCAACCCGACAACGAGGGCUGGAUCCCCCUCCACGCCGCCGCCUCCUGCGGGUACCUGGGCAUCGCAGAGUACCUCAUCGGCCAGGGGGCCAGCGUGGGCGUGGUCAACAGCGAGGGCGAGACGCCGCUGGACAUCGCAGAGGAGGAAGCCAUGAAGGAGCUCCUGCAGAACGAAAUCAACCGGCAAGGCGUGGACAUCGAGGCGGCCCGCAAGGAGGAGGAGCGCGUCAUGCUGCGCGACGCCCGCCAGUGGGUCAACAGCGGCCAGAUCCAGGACAUCCGCCAUGCCAAGUCUGGAGGAACGGCGCUGCACGUGGCCGCCGCCAAGGGCUACGUGGAGGUUUUAAAGCUUUUAAUCCAAGCAGGGUAUGAUGUCAAUAUUAAAGACUACGACGACUGGACUCCUCUCCACGCGGCGGCACACUGGGGCAAAGAGGAGGCCUGCCGGAUACUCGUGGAGAACCUUUGCGACAUGGACGUCAUCAAUAAAAUGGGCCAGACGCCGUUUGAUGUCUCGGACGAAGACGUUCUAGGCUACCUUGAAGAGUUGCAAAAGAAACAAAAUCUGCUGAUGAGCGAGAAGAAAGACAUGAAAAAGUCUCCUCUGAUUGAGACCACCACCACGGGGGACAACAACCAAUCGCUGAAAUCGCUCAAGAGCAAAGAAACGCUUCUACUGGAGUCGGAGAAGAGCGCCCCGCGGAUCGAGGCGCUGGAGCCCGAGAAGGCGGACGAGGAGGACGAGGAAGAGGAGGGCAAGAAAGACGAGUCCAGCUGCUCCAGCGAAGAGGAGGAGGAGGAAGAUUCCGAGUCGGAGAGCGAAGCGGACAAGAGCAAACCUUCGGCAUCGGUGGGCAACAGCACGACGCCCGUCCCGACCGCCUCCCCGAGCAGCCCGCCCUCGCCCACCAAGAAGGCCGCCACCCAGCUCAGCGGCAAGAUCUCGUCCAAGGUGGAAGAGGAGCGUAAGGACGAGUCGCCGGCGUCGUGGCGCCUGGGCCUGCGCAAGACCGGCAGCUACGGGGCGCUGGCGGAGAUCACGGCCGCCAAGGAGGCGCAGCGGGAGAAGGACGCCACCACGGGAGUGAUGCGCUCCGCCUCCAGCCCGCGCCUCUCCUCCUCGCUGGACAACAGAGACAAAGACAAGGAGAAGGACAAGGGAACGCGGCUGGCCUACGUGGCGCCGACCGUUCCCAGGAGGCUGGCCAGUACGUCGGACAUGGACGAGAAGGAAAACAGGGACUCGACCGCACUGAACCGCAGCGGCUCGUACACCCGGCGGCGCUGGGACGACGACACCAAGAACAGCGAAGGAAGCGGCACCGCCAACAGAACCUCCAGCUACCAGCGAAGCACGUCCCACACGCUAGCGCUAGGGCGGAGCGGCAGCACGCGGGACGUGCCGGCCAAGUCUUCGUCCACCUCCAGCUUGGACCCUAACACCUGUAACACUAAACCCUGGCAGCCGCCCGCCUCCCACUACCAGUCGUACAGCAUUUACCGCAGCGGCUCUUUUGGCAGGCGACACGACGACUUGAGCUCCUCGACGACCACCCCCACCUCGGCCGCCUCCUCCUCUUCCUCCACAACUACCACCACCUCAUCAUCGGUUACCUCACCCUUGGGCCACCGCGGCGGCCUGCUCUCCGGCCUGGGCUCCGCCUCCACCCGCACUGGCUCCACCAGUCUCACCAGCAGGUACUGGUCAGAGGAGAGUGCCGAGCGGGAAAAGGACAAGGAGCGCGAGUCGGCCGCGGUCAUCCCCACCGUAAACACCGGCUCCACCAUCCCCGCCAUCGGCACGGGCCCCGAACGGCGCAGGUCGUACCUGACCCCUGUACGAGACGAGGAGUCGGAAUCGCAGAGGAAAGCUCGCUCCCGACAGGCCCGCCAGUCGAGGAGGUCCACCCAGGGCGUCACUCUGACCGACCUGCAAGAGGCCGAGAAGACCAUCGGCAGGAGUCGUACCCCAAAGAGCCGCGAGGAGGAGAAGCAGGACAAGGAGAAGCAAGAGGAGAAGGAGUACGAAUCCAAGGAGGAUGACUAUCGGCCAAAGUACCGCAGCUUUGAAGACCGCUACCGCAGCACCUCGUCCUCCAUCUCCACGCUCGGCACCGCCUCGGCCCCGUCGUACUUGGGAGCCGCGCCGACCUCCGGCUCCCUCAACAGGCCCAACAGCCUGACGGGCAUCUCCUCCUCCUACGGCCGCUCCUCCAGGGACACCGAGAAAGAAGCGGACAAAAAGGAAGAGGAGAAGGAAGGCGACGACAAGUCCCAGCCUCGCUCCAUCCGGGAUCGCCGGCGGCCCCGCGAGAAGCGGCGAUCCACCGGCGUCUCCUUCUGGACCCAAGACGGCCAUGACAACGAGCCCGAGCAGCAGUCCGACUCGGAGGACGGCAGCAUCAAGGGAGAAGCCCAGGUGGACAGGUUGUCCAGAAACGGCAGCGGCACCACGGCGUCCUCCUUGGACCGCAACGACUCGCUCCUCAGCCGCAGCUACGGCGAGAGUCGCAGGACGUACUCCAGCCGGCUGGACAGAGACGACGCCACCGACUACAAGAAGCUCUACGAGCAGAUCUUGGCCGAGAACGAGAAGCUGAAGGCGCAAUUACGCGACACGGACCUGGAGCUGGCUGACUUGAAGCUGCAAUUGGAAAAAGCCACACAGAGGCAGGAACGCUACGCCGACAGGUCGCAGCUCGAGAUGGAGAAAAGGGAAAGACGAGCGCUCGAAAGGAAAAUUUCUGAGAUGGAGGAGGAACUCAAGAACCUCCCCCAGGUAAAGCAGGUUCAGACUCUGCGUCAGGUUAAGGAGCGGCUGCAGGCCGAGAACCGGGCGCUGGCCCGCGUGGUGGCGAAGCUCUCGCAGGCCGCCUGCAGCCAGCUGCCCGCUGUCGACCUCUAAAAGCCGGCCGGCCACGUCUCCCCCUUUUCCCCUUGCCCCCCCCCAUCCAUUCGUGCCCCGUCCCCGCCCACAGACGCUCCCCGACUUGAAAGCGGACAACCAGAGGCUAAAGGACGAGAACGGGGCGCUCAUUCGAGUCAUUAGCAAGCUUUCCAAGUAGAGCAGACCCCCACCAAGACCCCCACCGCCACCAACCUCCUCCUCCUCUCUAUUCCCCUCUGCCAGUGACUAAUGGAAUUGCACAUUUAGAUUGAAUUGCAAGAGACAUCAGACUUUUUUUUUUUUUUUCUUUUCUCCAUCCCCACCGUUUACAAGCCGACGUCUAUUUAACCAGUAAGCCUUAGUUGUACAUAAAAAGGAACGCUCUUGAGGAACAAUUGUUAUUAUUAUUAUUAUUGUUAUUAUUAUUAUUAUUACAAUUAACACCUGAUUUUAUUUGUGCCACGCCGCCUUUUACUUCCUCCUGUUGUAAGUGUGCUGUUCCCUUUUUCUUCCUCCGCCCGAGAAGGGUCAAUUCCUUUUUUUUUUUUUUUUUCCUCUCCUCACGCGUGCAGUCACUCACACAGACGCGCACACCGCUCACCGUUUUCAUUUGACCUCCAAGAGGGAAAGAAAAAGAAAUCUCGAGGCGGACCAGGUGGAAUUUAAGCUUUCACUGAAUGUGCAAUAUGCAUUAUUAUCGUUUUUGUUUGACGCUUUAAUGACAUCACUUGGUUAGUCGGUCGGAUGUGUCACUCUUCUUCCACUCCCGCCCUCGUUUUUUUUUUGGCUUGUAGUGUUAGUUGGUUUAUACUCUGUAUUUGUCACCUUGUUUUAGGAGGUGCCGAGUGUCAAUACACACGUGCGUAUAUAUAAUAUAUGUACGCGUGUGUGUAUUUACAUAAGGCUGUAUGUUUGAGAGCAGCACAUGCUGAGUCUGUUACUAUUAAAAGUAUACCAAUUCCACACAGGACAAGCAGGUGUCUUUUUCUUACCAUUGUAUUUUUCUUUUUUUUUCGAUUACGAAAGGCAAAAAGUGUCAGGUUUCAAAGCGGGACUGCCGACAGUGUUUUGUGUUUUUUUUUUUUCUUCAAAGAGAAACUGCUUGACCCCAUUUGACUUUCUUUGUUUUCACUAACUUGGAUGAGUGCUUUUCUGUUUUUCUUCCACGUUUAGUAUUCUAGCCAACGACUCUCAGACUCCGUUUUACAAAAAGUCUACGUGCACUGUCGACACCGCGAGUCCAAAACACACCAUUGAAAUAUUCCACGCCAACCUUGAUGUAUUUCAGUGGCCUUUUUUAUUAUUAAGCAUAUUUUAGUCGAAGAGAAAAAAAAGUAAGUCACUGCAAAUAGACUGAGAAUGAUGACCUGGUUGAGUUUUAUUCUUUGUUUUUUUUGUUUUGUUUUUUUCUUGUAAAAUAGGUGUGUGGCUUAAUACAUGCAAGCUGUGCUGUGACUACCAACCACUGAAGAGUUCAUUAAAAUAAACUUGUACAUUGUAAAGUUCA